AUGGCAGUUGGAAUAAAGCAAAAACAGAGCGUCAAGAAAAUUGUCCAGAAGUUUCCAUCACGUGAUUUUGUUCUGAUGCUUUUCCAUUAUGAUGGCAUCAUGGAUGAAUGGAGAGAUAUGGAAUGGUAUCAUCGUGCUAUACAUCGAUUCUUACAUCCAGAUAUUGUUUCGGAGUAUGACUAUAUCUUCUUGUGGGACGAAGACCUUGGAGUUGACAAUUUUGAUGCUGGAAGAUAUGUUUCGAUCAUUAAAGAAGAAGGACUUGACAUAUCACAGCCGGCACUUGAUCCAGAAAGUUCAGAGGGUGAUCGUACCAAAAGAAUUGGGAUCGUUGACACUGAGUACAUAGUUCAUUAUGGUCUUCCUACACUAGGAGGCUCUGCAUCAGGAAAGGCUCAAUCAUCAUCCGAUCAAUCUGCUGCCAGACUUUCGGUAAGCUCCGAGUGA